CGUGAGAAGAUAAUCUAGGAUAUCGUGCGCUUAGUUUAAAAAACUGAUUUCUCUUCUGAAGAGAAAAAUGACACGAUUAAGAUAUAGCACACACACACACAACUCGAUGCAAAAUAUCCUUUUAGAAAUAACAUUGAAUACACAGGAUGUUAACCAGGUGGUUAUCGAGGAAGACCCUGGUGGAAGUCGGCGGUGUCAUUCAUACAUUAAGAAAACAUACUCGAAACUAAUAUUAACUGUGUGUUGGCAACAUCCGAGAGGAUCGUAUUAACGAGCUCUUAGAGCAAGAUCACAGAAAGAAUGCCAUAUGGUUGCAGCUGCUGGCGCACAACGUUGUUGGUAAAACGAGAUAGUCUGUCUUCUAUUUUUGCAGUGAACAACACAAUGUGUGAAUAAAAGAGAACGAAAGAGAUUGCACUAUUAUUUCGAUCGUGUAUAUAUGACAGCUAAUUUUGCUGGGUGAUGUAAACAUCUUAGUGCAACUAAAUUGUAUUCUUUCUCUACAGAAAUUUUAUCACUGAAAGAAAAUGCAAAUUGUUUUCCAUAAAAUUUUCAACUUUAACUCAUUCAAAAAUUUUUAAAUUUUAAAUGCUAUGCUAUUGUUUUUUUUUUUUUAAAUUAGUUGUUUUUUUUCAAUUAAUAAUAUUAAUGCCUGAUCAUAUGGUUCUCUAAUUUACUGUAAAUUGAACGAUAUAUAAGAAGCCUUCUGUAUAACACGUUUCUUCACGUUAUUUUUUUCGUUCUCCUAAAAUCGUACAGUUAGACUGAUUUAAAUUUACAUAUGCCAGUAAGCACGCGUGACACGUGACCGAGGAAUUCAUCCUAAUGAGCGUGGAACGAAGGGGUGUCAUCUCGUGGACACUUUUUCCUUUUUCCUUCGCUCCUGGACAGUUCAGCCCGAGGGUGUUGUCAAGACGGCAAAUAUGUUGACAGGUCAUUCAACAUCUUUCUUGCCUUAGUCUCGCCUUGGUAGAGACCACGAAGAAGCUCUGAGACGCGAUGUUACACCUCCAAAUAUCCAAAUCGACACUUGUCUUAUAUGAUUCUUUCGAAAAGACAUCGACCACGAAACAAUUGAUCGAAGUAAAUGACACAAUUCGCUUUUAAUAUAAAAAAUUUAAUAGUUUCAUUGCCUUUCCUUUUUACAGUUAAAAAGCUAAAAAUUGCAAGGAUGAGACACGCUAUAUGGGUUUGUAACAAAUUUUCGUUAAGGAAACGUCACUUACAAAAUGUUUUGAAAUGACGCGUGUUACAGAACUUACACAUCCGUAUCGUAAAAUACGGAUCGAAUAAAUCGUGUCAGUCUACAAAAACGAAUAAAUUAGAUAGCGCGUGAAAUUUUGCAAGAUUUUUGACACACGCGUUGAGAGGCAAAUUUAUCAUUUGUUUCCGUAUACGCUUCGUUUAACCGCUUUAUAUAACAUGGUUGAAGAAUGAAAAAGUAAAAUAUCAAUAGCUUUGUCUAAAUAUUAAAAAAUAUGUCAAGUGAAUUGAGCUAUUGACUCAAUGAUUCGGAAUAUUCGCGAUGCCACACUGCACGACCAAUUUUGCUUGGUAUCUUGGAAAAUUCAUUAUCGGUUUUACUGCAAUACUAUACCUUUACGUCGGCCUCUUAAAAGAAAAUGAGAAAAGUUGUGUGUGCGAUGCCAGAAUGAGAGAAUUACUGAGGCAGGAAAGCGAAAAACGAGCGGACAGAUGUGGAUGUGCAAAAGGGAUGCGAAAUAUACGUUACGCGUGUGGGUGCAACAAGCCAACACGAUUGUUGCAGGAUGAUGAUUGUAUGAUACCGGUAAUUGCAAAUGAAUAUAAUAAGGAUAAUUGUGCGAGAAGUCGAUGCUGCAUCAGAAGAAAUUCGAACUAAGAAAAAGAAAAUGGUAACGACAGCCUUUUGCGAUGUGCAUUAUUGUAAGGUCUCUCAUCUAAAGCAGGUAAUCAUUUGCCCUCUAUUUUCUAGCGGAACACUUACGAUUCAUUUAAUCACCGUUAAUGUGUCAAAGAAUAAACGUAGGAAAUUAUAAGAAAACAAAAUACAAAAUUACUUACAAUUAAAAAUUCUAUUUAUGCAUUUUCUAUUGUUGAUUGUAAGAAAAUGUCAUAUAUUGAUCUUAAUUAUAUACAGAUCUGACUUUGAAAAAUAUAAAAAAAGAUACAAUUGUAUCCUAAACAAAUAUUUUAAAGCUGUGUAUGCGAAUUUACUUUUAAAAGUAAGAGUCGUAUUAUUAUCAUAGCUAAAGAAAGAGCGAAAGAGAUAUAGAAAAAGAGCUUCAGCCAUGUACAUUUCCAAUAGAGCAAUCUGACGAAUUAUAUGUAUCGAUUUGUGGGGCAUGGAUCGUGUUGCCAUUACGUAUAUUGCCAUCAUGCGUUAUCAUGCCAUUAAGCGCGAUAGACAACGGUUACGAGUAACUCUCUACAUAUAAUUGGCAACUGGCGAGUUAGGGAUUCUAUGAAUAAAUUCGACAUACUGCAAGAGUGACACGCCCGGUCGCACGCUCCGAAAAUCUGAAACUCGAUUAAUACGCGUCCCAUCUGUAGGUGAAGAGUCUAUAAGUAGAUUUUGCGCGGGCAGAACGUCAGUCAUAUUCAUAUAUUAUUUAUACUGACCUGACUAGAGACACCUCCUCUAGUUGCUAACGAGAUGGAUGCUUGGCCUAACCGAUGCGUGUAUAAUAUAUGUUUUCAAUCACGUGAAUCAGGAUUCUUUCGGCAGGUCUUAUUUACAUAUUCAUUGAAUAAAACAAAAUAUAAAAUAAAAAAUACGCAUUCGCAUUAAUUAGCUGUUUCUUAAUAGGAAUACUCAUUUUACAUUAUC